AUGGCGGAUCCGACGGCCAACCCAGACGUUGCACCUACCACACAGCCAGAAUCAUCAAACUCAGCAUCGUCACAACCCCCCAUUGCAGAGCCAACGCCCACUUCCUCGUCGUCAACAGCACCACCUCAGGCAUGUGCGCAAUGUGGAAAGUCCCCGGACUCGCUUAAGCAGUGCAUCAAGUGCCAUAGUGUUACUUACUGCAAUAAAGACUGCCAAAAGGCGCAUUUUAAGGCGCACAAGAAAGCGUGCCCCAUCCUUGCGCAGGAGUAUGUGAAAUUACACGAGCCGAAGAUGGCGUCAAAGUCUAGUGCAAGUACGGCUGGAGGAAGAGAGAGGGGACUGCAGAAGUGGCAAUUUGAUACUUGA